AUGAAAGCGUUCCCUUUCAGAGCUGCAGGCAGAAUGAGACAGCACACCGGGGAAAACCUAAUGUUUAACAUGUAUCUCUCAGACCCCACAGAAAAUCUGUUGAAAGAAAGUAAAGGCUCUGCAUGGAGUCCCAUCACUGCGGGAGUGCAAAAGGGGAGCGGCCAAAUUCAGCUGUGGCAGUUUCUGCUGGAGCUCCUGUCAGACAGUUCGAACAUGUCAUGCAUUGCAUGGGAAGGGACAAACGGAGAAUUCAAGCUGAUUGAUCCUGAUGAGGUGGCCAGGCGAUGGGGAGAGAGGAAGAGUAAACCGAAUAUGAACUAUGACAAACUGAGCCGCGCACUUCGGUACUACUAUGACAAAAACAUUAUGACCAAGGUGCACGGAAAGCGCUACGCCUACAAGUUUGAUUUCCAUGGACUGGCGCAAGUGUGUCAGCCUUCGUCGACAGAACAGACGUUGUAUAAAUUCCAGAGUAAUUUCGCACCCAUUCCAUUCUCAGGUAUUUCCAAGCUUAAUCUGGUAGCUCCAGGUGUCGGACCGUCUGGGCUCUCUUACUGGACCGGAUCCACACCAACUCUUUACCAUAGCCACAAUCUCCAACCACCGGGGCCGUUUGGCCCAGUUUCUGCAUCACACAUCAGUUGCGUUAACAAUAUCAACAGCAUAAGUAAUCUGAAUAGCAUUAAUAAUCACUACAACUGA